CAUCAGGAAACAUGACACCAGUGUGGUUCGCAAUCCUUGCAAUUGUGUGUUCGGAGGUGCCACUUAGGGCUGGCAGUGCCCCCGUCUGUGCCCAAAAUGGAGCAGUGUGCCAUUCCCUGCCACUGGCAGACCUCCUUGACAGGGUCAUCCAGCAGUCAGCCAGGGUUCAGGGGAUUUCCAACGAUCUGCACUCUGAGUUUGAACAACAUUUCCCUCCCUCCAGGAAUCAGAUAAGGAGACAAAAGUGUCACACAUACAAAAUACUAACCCCAGACGGCAAAGAGAAUGCACAGCGACUAGCAAGAGAGGAGCUGACAGAGGUGAUUCUGAGGCUGCUGGGAGCCUGGGGAGUCCCCCUGACCCAGCUUCACCAUAGGAUGGCACAGCAGGAGCAGAAGAAUGACUUCAACCCCCUCAGCAGCAACAAGGCUCAGGAAAUGAGUGACAUGGUGGAGGAGCUGAGGAAUGGAGUGGAGAGGGUGGCAGAGAAGAUGAGGUUGUUGGGGGUUAUCGGCAACACUCUGCGUGACCUAUCCUCCCCUGAUGCCCUGGUCUCAUCCUCUUCCUCGUUCUCUAAGAGGAGUGAGUUCAACGUCAUGGACCAUCAAGACUUGCUCUACUGCUUCCGUAGAGACUCUAACAAGGUCCAGAGCUACCUUCGCAUCCUCAAGUGUACCAUCCUCACGGAACAAAACUGCUGA